CUGUGACCAUCCGAGCCAGGCCCCAGCAAUGAAUAAUUCGACGAGCUGUUUGGCCACCGCAACAGUUUGCAACGGUUCAUCCUGCGUGGUACCUGUCAGCAAUUUCAAUGCCGUUCUAAGUGUGGUCCUGAGCACCGUCCUGACCAUUCUAUUGGCUUUGGUGAUGUUCUCCAUGGGAUGCAAUGUGGAAAUCAAGAAAUUCCUGGGGCACAUAAAGCGGCCGUGGGGCAUAUGUAUUGGCUUCCUCUGUCAGUUUGGAAUCAUGCCCCUCGUGGGAUUCAUCCUGUCAGUGGCCUUUGACAUCCUCCCCAUCCAGGCCGUCGUGGUGCUGAUCAUGGGAUGCUGUCCCGGAGGAACUGCCUCCAAUAUUUUGGCCUAUUGGGUCGAUGGCGACAUGGACCUGAGCGUCAGCAUGACCACAUGCUCCACGCUGCUGGCCCUGGGAAUGAUGCCGCUGUGCCUCUUAAUCUAUACCAAAAUGUGGGUCGACUCGGGGACGAUCAUAAUUCCCUAUGAUAACAUAGGUACGUCUUUGGUGGCUCUCGUUGUCCCUGUUUCCCUUGGAAUGUUUGUUAAUCACAAAUGGCCCCAGAAAGCCAAGAUCAUACUUAAGAUUGGGUCCAUCACAGGUGCAGUCCUUAUCGUGCUCAUCGCUGUGGUGGGAGGAAUACUGUACCAAGCUGCCUGGAUCAUCGCCCCCAAGCUGUGGAUUAUAGGAACAAUAUUUCCUGUGGCUGGUUACUCUCUAGGGUUUCUUAUGGCUAGGAUAGCUGGUCAGCCCUGGCACAGGUGCCGCACAGUUGCUUUGGAAACAGGAAUGCAGAACACUCAGCUGUGUUCCACCGUAGUCCAGCUCUCCUUCACCUUUGAGGAGCUCAAUCAGGUGUUUACCUUCCCACUCAUCUACAGCAUCUUCCAGCUCGCUUUCGCGGCAAUAUUCUUAGGAGUUUAUUUGUCAUAUAAGAAAUGUUAUGGAAAAAACAAUAAGGAAUUUUCAGAGAGCAAAAACAACGAAACAAUUCCCGAGUCAUCACUCUAUAAGGUGAAUGAAGGAUUUCAACCGCAUGAAGAGUAG